GUGGCAACACUCAGACAGCGUUGUGCGCUGGUGUGUUGUUGUGCAAAAAUGGAAAGGAAGAUGGAGGAGAACAUGAGAGACGUCGACGCGGGCAGUGAAGCUGGAGGAGAGGAUGCCUUAGUGGGCAAUGUGAACAAGCUGAUGGUGACUCCACCAGGAUACACAGGAGUUCCACGGAAAGGCCACCUUGUCUUUGAUGCUUGCUUCGAGAGUGGUAACCUUGGACGUGUUGAUUACAUCAGUGAAUUUGAGUUUGAUCUGUUCAUCAGACCUGACACCUGUAACCCUCGCUUCAGAGUUUGGUUCAACUUCACAGUGGAAAACGUGCGGGAGACACAGAGGGUGAUUUUCAACAUUGUCAACUUUAGCAAGACCAAGAGCCUGUAUAGAGAUGGCAUGUCUCCAGUGGUGAAGUCCACCAGCCGGCCUAAAUGGCAAAGACUCCCGACUAAGAAUGUGUACUACUACCGCUGCCCUGACCAUCGGAGAAACUACGUGAUGUCUUUUGCCUUCUGCUUUGACCGAGAGGAUGAUGUGUACCAGUUUGCCUACUGCUACCCCUACACCUACACCAGACUGCAGCACUACCUGGACAGCUUGGAGCGCAGGAACCUGGACUACCUGCAGAGGGAGCAGCUGGGGCUCAGUGUGCAACAGCGACGUCUUGACCUCCUAACCAUCACCAGCCCUGCUCAACAGAAUCCAGAGAAGGUGAAGAAGCUAGUUGUCCUCACGGCCCGUGUACACCCUGGGGAGUCGCCUGCAUCCUUCAUCUGCCAAGGAGUGAUUGACUUCCUAGUCAGCCAGCACCCCGUGGCCCAAACCUUGCGUGACCAUGUCAUCUUUAAGAUUGUACCCAUGCUCAACCCUGACGGCGUCUACUUAGGCAACUACAGGUGUUCUCUGAUGGGCUUUGACCUCAACCGUCACUGGCAGGAGCCAUCCCCCUGGGCCCACCCCACCCUCCACGCCGUCAAGCAGCUCAUCGUCCAGCUCAGUCAAGACCCAGUGGGGCUGGAGUUCUACAUUGAUGUUCAUGCCCACUCGACCAUGAUGAAUGGCUUCAUGUACGGGAACGUGUUUGAGGAGGAGGAGAGAGUCCAGAGACAAGCCGUGUUCCCUCGCCUGCUCUGCCAAAACGCCCCAGACUUCUCCUUUUCCAACACGUCAUUUAACCGUGACGUGGUGAAGGCUGGCACCGGGAGGCGCUUCCUGGGUGGCCUGCUGGACGACACGUCCUACUGCUACACCCUGGAGGUGUCAUUUUACAGCUACAUGGCAGCGGGGAGCACGUCGCCCGUUCCCUACACCGAGGACACCUACAUGAAGCUGGGAAGAAAUGUUGCCCGCACCUUCCUCGACUACUACAGGCACAACAACUUCAUUGAUGACAACAAACUACAAAUCCCAAAUCACAUCAACAGUAUGGAGGUAUUGUCCCAGGGUCGACAGGGGAAUGGAAAUGGGAACGGGAGGACUUCUGGGAGUGAGAGAGGAGCAGAGAGGAAGAACCAGAGUAUCACAGGAGAGUACUAGACACCUGGCAAUAACAUACUGGAAAGACCAGUCCAGUCUGACCACUGUAUAGGGCUCCUGACUCACAGCCCUACACUGUAUCCACACAGCCCUACACUAUAUCCACACAGCCCUACACUAUAUCCACACAGCCCUACACUAUAUCCACACAGCCCUACACUAUAUCCACACAGCCCUACACUAUAUCCACACAGCCCUACACUAUAUCCACACAGCCCUACACUAUAUCCACACAGCCCUACACUAUAUCCACUCAGCCCUACACUAUAUCCACGCAGCCCUACACUAUAUCCACACAGCCCUACACUAUAUCCACACAGCCCUACACUAU